AUGUCGACAAAGGAAGACACACCGAUCUUUCUCGCCUCGGCGGUCGCCGCACCGCUGCCUCUACCCGACGCAAAGGCCACGGCACUGCUCGAGGAGCUCGAUGCCUUUUUCUCGCAAGGCAAGAACACCGAUCGUCUGCGCCACUUCAUCGAAGAAAAUGACGACACGUUCGAACUUGUCGCCUCUGAGUGCGAGGUGAACACUAACACAGAGGGUAGUCUGCGACUGUAUCAACUUUUUCAGAGGUACGUUGCUCUGAUCGAGGGCAUCAUCGAAGACUUCGUGGCCACCGCGGAGAAGUCGGAUGAGUCGAUGCUGCGCUCCCUAGCAUCCGCCAUUCAAGAAGAGUGGAAGUCCCCGAGCACGGCCUAUCGGUGUGUCUGCACUAGCUACAUAGCGGCGUCCAUGGACUACAAGAACUUUCUCGAGUUUGCUGAGGAUCUGUACAGCAUGACUCAUUACCGGAUGCACGUGCGAGAAGACGACAGCGGUGAGGAAGAGGACGGAGAAGAGAUCGUCGGCGACGUCAGUGGUGACGGUGGCUACGGGUCCGAUGACUCGAACCUCAAUUGA